UUAGCAAUAUAAAGAUGUGGUACAAGAGCGGAAGUAACCUUAUCAGUGUAGCCCUUUGUGUUACCACAUGCAUCCUAACUUUCAACUAUUGGUCCAUAUCACAAGAUAUGGUAAUUUUAGACGCUCAAGUAAAAGUUUGUCGUCAGAAAGAGCUAGAUUAUAACGGAGUAGCAACGGAAUGUAAGAAGAGGAUAACAGAACUACAUGAUAAGAUCAGUAUACUUAACAGUGAUAAAGAAGUCAUUGCUACACAAAAGUUUUCCUUAUCCUCUUUGGCUGAUGCUCGAUUAAAUCAAAUAAACGAAGCAAAUAGAAAUACCGCUGAAGUAAAUGAAAAGUUAACGGAGUGUGAGAGUAGAGAAGGCACUGCGUCAGAAGAGAAAGCAGAGUUAUCAGGAAGAAUACAAGAGUUAGUGACUACUAACCAAGAACUCCAGGAGCAAAAUCAGGAGAUGGUUGCUAAGAUACAAACUUUAACGGAACAGUUAGCGGCCGCACAGCCUGCCGCACAGCCUGCCCAGGAGGCCUAAACAAUUUGUUGAGUUUUAGAUGUCAUUUCACAUAUUUUUAUGCUUAAAUGUUAUGAGUUAUGGAUAUACGGGGUAUUAUAAAUACGAGUAAGUUUGUUACUAAAUUAAUAAUU